AAAAUGAUGCAAUAGUACUGAUAGUGCGCUCCUUGAACGUAGCCAUGGUGCACUGCUUUCUCCAUACACGUGCAACGUGAAUGAUUUUCUGUGAAAGUCUUAGCUUUUAGAAAAAAAUCAAAAUGCCGGCAAUAAACGAAGACGACUUGAAACUAUUUCAAACAAUCGGAUUGAGCGAACAAAAAGCUAAGGAAACUCUGAAAAAUGCAAAUGUCACGAAGAAUCUUAAAUUGGCUCUAAACGAGGCAACUAAAUAUGGCAAUGUUUCUCAAGACAAUGGUAUUUUGCUGUAUCAUCUAUCUUCUAAGAUAAAAAACCAGAUUACAGAUAAACUGUCGUUUGUUGUUAAGUAUAUAGCUGAAAAGAAGCUGGAUACUGUACAAAGAGUAGAUGCCGCGCUGACAUAUUUAUUGACUAAUGUCAACAACAAACUGAAUGUGACAGAAUUUGAGGAAUUUUGUGGCAUAGGAGUAGUAGUUUCUCCUGAACAGAUAGAGGAGGAAGUAGAAAAGAUUAUAAAUAACCAUAAAACUGAAAUACUAGAAAAGAGAUACCGUUUUAAUUCUGGCCCAUUAAUGCAGCAAGUACGCACUAUUUUGAAAUGGGCAGAUGGUAAAGCAAUCAAAAAUGAAUUUGAUAUUCAACUUCUUGAUUUAUUAGGCCCAAAAACUGAUGCUGAUCUUGCAUUGCCAACUAAACAAGUGAAACAACCGAAAGAUAAACAAGCAAAAUCAAAGAAACUUGAUGUUGCAAAAGAAGAACAAAAGGAAGCGUCAAAUAAUGAAAAGGUGGGAGCAAAAACUAUAAGCGAACUUAUGAAGACUAAAGUUCACUUUCACAAACCUGGCGAAAAUUACAAGACCGACGGAUAUGUUGUAACAUCAAACACGCAUCGUCUUUUGCAAGAACACUUGAAAGCUACUGGCGGCAAAGUGAGAACGAGAUUUCCUCCCGAACCUAACGGGAUUUUACACAUCGGACAUGCAAAGGCUAUUAAUAUCAACUUCGGAUACGCCGCUGCUUACGGCGGAUUGUGUUAUUUGCGAUACGACGACACGAACCCUGAAAAAGAAGAAGAGAAAUUCUUCGUUGGAAUACGCGAAAUGGUGGAAUGGCUUGGCUAUAAACCAGCCGUGAUCACGCACUCUUCCGAUUACUUCCAACAAUUGUAUGAAUUGGCUGUGGAGCUGAUAACAAAAGGUCUGGCCUAUGUUUGCCAUCAGUCCAGUGAGGAAAUGAAAGGUUUCAAUCCUUUGCCGAGUCCUUGGCGGGACAGACCGAUCGAAGAAAGCUUACAGUUAUUUGAUGAUAUGAAAAAUGGCUUGUUGGAAGAAGGAGAAGCUACUUUACGCAUGAAAGUGACUUUGGAAGAGGGCAAGCAGGAUCCUGUUGCAUACAGAAUAAAAUAUUCGCUUCAUCACCGAACCGGUGAUCAAUGGUGCAUCUAUCCGACUUAUGAUUACACCCACUGCUUAUGCGACAGCAUCGAAAAUAUCACUCACUCUCUUUGUACAAAAGAAUUCCAAUCACGAAGAUCAUCCUACUAUUGGCUUUGCAAUGCCUUGAACGUUUAUUGCCCUGUGCAAUGGGAAUAUAGUCGAUUAAACAUGAAUUAUACUGUAGUUUCCAAGAGAAAAAUUGCCAAGUUGAUAGAAGAGGGGAUAGUGUCUGACUGGGAUGAUCCUAGAUUAUUUACACUGACUGCUCUACGUAGACGUGGAUUUCCGCCGGAAUCUAUAAAUAACUUUUGUGCUCAAAUGGGUGUAACCGGAGCACAAUCGACCGUUGAUCCGACAGCGCUGGAAGCAGCUGUCAGAGAUGUUCUGAAUCUCACCGCUCCUAGAUUUAUGGUCGUUUUAGAACCUAUUAAGUUGACUAUCAAAAAUUUUCCUCAUCAAGAUUUCAUAGAGCUCGACGUGUUCGAUUUUCCCAACGAAGUAGAAAAAAAACAUAAAAUUAAGUUCAACGAAAUUAUAUACAUAGAAGCUUCGGACUUCAAAGAAAUCGAGGAGAAAGGUUUUCGACGUCUGACACCAAAACAACCUGUAGGUUUGAAGUAUGCAGGUGUUGUGGUGACAUUUGAAGACAUCGAAAAAGAUGACAGUGGCAACAUCAUAAACAUAAUUGUCAGACAAGAACUCGUGACGGAAAAUAAUAAACCGAAAGCCUUUAUCCAUUGGGUAUGCAAUCCUGUAUCGGCUUCGGUCAGACUAUACGAGCGUUUAUUCAAGCAUAAAAAUCCAGAAGAUAUAAAUGAAGUACCAAACGGAUUUUUAAGCGACAUCAAUCCAGCCAGUAAAAAAGAAGUCGUAGCAUACAUGGAUGAAAGCUUAGCCAAAAUAGCGAAAGUGUACGAUAAGUUCCAGUUCGAACGUUUAGGUUAUUUCUCUGUCGAUUCCGAUACCAAACCUGGCAAGAUUGUUUUUAAUCGCACUGUAACAUUGAAGGAAGACGCAGGAAAAGUGUGAGCAUAUUUUUGAGGAAAGCACUAUAAACAAGUUUAUUUUAUUGCUUUUAUUUCUUUUUCUAUAUAAAGAUGCAAAACAAGUAUGUAUGCAACAG